ACUAAAAUUUGUCUCUUUCUCCCCACAGAGACCUCCACCCCUGAAGACCCCAGCUUUGGGUUUGACCCUGCGCCGAGCCUCUGCCCUCACCCUGGCCACCCCUACCCAUGAUGGCAUUGUGUCUCAAGCAAGUCUUCAACAAAGACAAAACGUUUCGACCCCGAAAGAAGUUUGAGCCGGGCACCCAGCGCUUUGAGCUGUACAAGAAAGCCCAGGCCUCCCUCAAGUCUGGGCUGGACCUGAAAUCAGUGGUGCAGCUGCCUCCCGGUGAGAGCAUCAAUGACUGGAUCGCGGUGCACGUGGUGGACUUCUUCAACCGCAUCAACCUCAUCUACGGCACCAUGUCAGAGUACUGCACGGAAAGGAGCUGCCCCAUCAUGUCUGGUGGACUCAAGUAUGAGUACAGGUGGCAGGAUGAUAGCAAGUACAAGAAGCCAACCAAGCUGUCGGCUCCGCAGUACAUGUGUAUGCUGAUGGACUGGAUCGAGAUGCUCAUUAACAACGAGGACAUCUUCCCUACCAGGAUAGGUGUUCCCUUCCCCAAGCAGUUCCAGCAAGUUUGCACUAAGAUCCUCACCCGGCUCUUCCGUGUCUUUGUCCAUGUCUACAUCCACCACUUCGACAGCAUCAUCAACAUGGGUGCUGAGGCUCAUGUCAACACCUGCUACAAGCACUUUUACUACUUCAUCAGGGAGUUCAGCCUCGUUGACCAUCGGGAGCUGGAGCCUUUGAAAGAAAUGACAGAACGAAUUUGCCACUGAAGCAUUUUGGCAGGUGAACUCAGCUGGCUCAUUUGGAGUCUGAUGGGACAAGAUACCCUGUGGUGGAAGACCGCUUCCUGAGGACUUGCUCUGGGCAUUUCAACUCAAUGAACUAUGAACACUGCAGAAGAGCCUCUUCAGGCCAUGGCCAAAGCCUAAGCUUGCCAAGCAUCUCUGGACAGAGGUUUUGGGAUUUUUUGUUAUAGAUCCCAGUUUCUGUUGUAUGGCUCCUGCCAAGGAAAGCCACUGACUUACUGGAGAACAAGGCAAGUUUGGUUGAUGUUUGCACACUCUGGUUUCUACGACCCAAUUCUGUGUUUGCUAACAUCCCCUCAGCUACCCUUCCUCUUGUUUUGUCCUCAUCUACACUGAUUUCCAGAUGCUUCAUCAGUGAUUCCUGCCCUGUGAACAGGUAUGAACUUGGCUACCGAGUAAUGCCUCUUACCUUUCCCACCUGCAGUGGUUUGUGGUAACAUCCAAGAUGUUAUCUUGGAUAACAAAGUUGGUGACAUUCGAUCCAAGCUGCCCUAAUGUGGUUAGUUGCUGAUGUACCAUUUUUAACCACAAGCUACGAAUGUCUCUCAUUCUGCCCUAAUUCAUGCUUUACCAAAAGGACCAUUUUUCCCUGCAAGGGAUUUUUCAUGUUUGGCAGAGGGACUUCAUGAUGUUCUUAAGAUGCAUUCAACACUGCCUGGACCAGUGGCAAGGUGGCCCCAUGCCAGAGGAGGUGAACUAGGCCACUUUUCAUCGUGAUCAGCACAGUCUACCUGAGAAAAGACUCAGAAAGUGGAGGAAGCUGUUGCCAGAAAACGUGAUUUUCAACAUGUCAGCAUUUCCUGACAUGUCGUUUUGGCUCAAAAGCAGCAGAUGCUGGCUGCAGAAAUGGAUGGUUUUCCAUUUUCCAACUCUACAGUAUAGCAAAUCAGGUGAAGAAGGACUUUGAGAUACCUAAUCUACCCAGUUCUUCCAAAAACGCAAGAACAGUCCUUCUUAAACC